AUUUCCGGUUUUAUCAUCUGCUUCGCCUACUUGGCUUCUUUUUAAAUACACCUCCGUGCAGAACAGCCGGAUUAUAUACGUAUUUACACAUCAUUUUCUGUUAAACAAACACUUUAACCACUGUCGGAUUGUACUGUCAUGGUGGAGGAAAGACACAUUUAGGCAGAAGGAAAGUCUAAACUCUGGACCGGGUCCUGAUCACUCUGCAGACACCAUGAGGUGACGACUGUGACAUCUUGUAUUGUUGCCCACCGGGACAGAUGGCAAGGAUCACGUUCUCCUGCCUGCCGGCCUCCUGGCACUGCAGCGUGUCCCUUCUGUCUCUGGGCUGCGCUCCCAGGCAGAGGCUGCUGCUGCUGCUCUUCAUCACCUCCACCCUGCUGCUGCUGGGGACCUACCAGAGGCAGCUGUGGGGCCUGGGGCAGCAUCGGAGGCCCGGCCACCGAGUCAACAAGUACCUCUCCAUCGCAGAGACCAUGGAGGCCACGGACGUCCUGAACCCGGCUCUGAACUACGGCGUGGUGGUGGACUGUGGCUCCAGCGGCUCCAGGGUCUUUGUGUACUACUGGCCCCCCCACAACGGGAACCCCCACACGUUGCUGGACAUCCGACAGAUGAAGGACCGCGACCGCAAACCUGUCGUCAAGAAAAUCAAACCUGGGAUCUCCACCCUGGCCACCUCUCCCACUCGGGCCAGUGAUUACCUCUACCCUCUGCUGAGCUUCGCUGCUGCUCACGUCCCGAGGAGCAAACACAAAGAGACGCCGCUCUACAUCCUGUGCACCGCCGGCAUGAGGCUGCUGCCGGACAGCCUGCAGACGGCCAUCUUGGAGGAUCUGAUCACUGACGUUCCUCUGGAUUUCGACUUCCUGUUCUCCAGCUCUCAUGCUGAGGUCAUCUCUGGGAAACAGGAAGGAGUGUAUGCUUGGAUCGGGAUAAACUUUGUGUUGGGCCGCUUCGAUCACGCUGAUGAUGAGGAAGCCACAGUGGAGGUGACGACAGGCUCUCAGAACCAGCAGCCAAUCAGCAGGCGGCGCACAGUGGGCAUCAUGGAUAUGGGCGGGGCUUCACUGCAGAUCGCCUACGAGGUGCCGAGCGCCAUCACCUUCAGCUCUCCACAGGAAGAGGAGGCGGGGAAGAGUGUGUUGGCGGAGUUUAACCUGGGCUGUGACGUGGAGCACACGCAGCACGUCUACAGAGUCUACGUCACCACCUUCCUGGGCUUUGGAGGAAACAUGGCCCGACAGCGCUAUGAGGAGCAGCUGCUCAACAACACCUUCACCAAGAACAGGCUCCUGACCACGCAGCUGGGUCUGAGUGAGGACAAGCCGUACCUGGACCCGUGUCUGCCGCUCAGUCUGCAGGACAGCGUGGUGAGAGAGAACCGGACCCUGAGCCUCAGAGGGCAGGGGGACUGGACCCGGUGCCAGGAGGCCGUCAGACCCUUCCUGGGGAUCCACAACGGCACCAUGUCCCCGGGGGGAGUCUACCAGGCUCCCAUCAACUUCAGUAACAGUGAGUUUUACGGCUUCUCUGAGUUCUUCUACUGCACGGAGGACGUUCUGCGGCUCGGAGGACAGUACGACAGCAGGAAGUACUCCAAAGCUGCUAUGGACUACUGCGCCACCAAGUGGUCGACCCUGAAACAGCGUCUGGACAACAAGCUUUUCUCUCAGCAGGCCGACAUCAGCCGACUCAAGUAUCAGUGCUUUAAGUCGGCCUGGAUGUUCGAGGUGCUGCACUCCGGCUUCAGAUUCCCCCCCGACUACCGGAGCCUGAGGACGGCUCAGCUGGUUUAUGAUAAGGAGGUGCAGUGGACUCUGGGAGCCAUUCUGUUCAAAACACGCUUCCUGCCCCUCAGGGACCUCCAGCAGGAGACCCUCCGUCAGAACCACCCCAGCUGGCUGCGCUCCUCCUUCCUCUACAACCACCACCUGUUCUCCCUGUGUGUGCUGGUGGUGGUGCUGGCCAUCCUGCUGUACAUCCUGCGUCUGAGGAGGAUCCACCAGAGGGAGCAGCGGCAGAGCGAGACCCUCAAGCUGCUGUGGGCCGAGGAGGGGGAGGCGCUGCUGGCCUGAGAGGGGAGGGUACAACACCUGAACACUCAUUAGUGUGAGAACAGAGGGACCUGGAAUUACUGCCCAGCUGUGGGACUGGGACACUUGGGAUGACCAAACUCAAAACCUAAAUUGAUCCAUUUUAGGGGAGAAUAUGAUAUGAUUUCCCCCCUAAAUGUAAACAUAGUAGGAACCUGGAAUUACUCACCAGCUGAGUGUCCAGAUUUUAGUUUUUACAUGGACAAGGACACUUAAACGAGCCUGGGAACCAACUCCACUUAAAUCGAUCCAUUCUAGGGGAGAAUAUGAUAUGAUUUCCCCCUAAAUGUAAAAAGACAUUAUGAGUACAGAGGAACCUGGAAUUACUCACCAGCUGACGGUGUGACUGGGCCAGAUCUGUUUUCACAUUGAAAAGAACAUGUUUAAUGACCCUGGGAAUCAAACUCCACUUAAAUUGAUCAAUUUUAGGGAAGAAUAUGAUAUGAUUUCCCACUUAAAUGUAAAAAUAGUACAGAGGAACCUGGGAUUACUCACCAGGCUAGAGUGGAUUUGUUUUUACAUGGACAAGGACAAUGAGCCUGGGAACCAAACUCCAUUUAAAUCGAUCCAUUCUAGGGGAGAAUAUGAUAUGAUUUCCCACUUAAAUGUAAAAUAAAAAGACAUUGUGAGUACAGAACGUGAGUACAAAGGAACCUGGAGUUACUCACCAGCCGACGGCGUGACUUCGCCAUUUUUUUUUUUUUUGCGUGGAAGAAGGCUCUUUAAUGAUGCUGGGAAUCAAACGCCACAGUUUGUUCUUCAAUCUUGCAGCUUUGAACAAAGAGCCAAUCACCGACUGGAAUAAUGUUCUCUGUGUUUCUUCGGAAGAGGAAGAGAAUCAACUUGAAGCAACGGGAGUAUCGUAAGUUCUCCACCAAUAUCUCCCUGAUCUGAAGCCAUGUGUGGGUAAAUGUCUGACUCUUGAGCAGCAGAAGAUGGUAGGAUUAUAUAUUUCUGGAAGACUGUUCAACGUCCAUUUAGGAAGCUGUCUUCAGGCACAUAGGAGAGAAAGAAAUGCAAUGAAGUGUUUCUAUAGGGGCCAAAUGUUUCUAUAGCUUUCCAUGAAAGAAGUAUACAUGGGAGGAAGGUCUUUGAACGCCUGCAGGCAGCGUGGCUCAUCCUGAUGACUCUCAGGAUGUUUCAUCUAGGUCAGUUAAUCAUGUCUGUACAGGACCAGAUACCUCUUAGACAAAUCUCGCUGUACUUUGAUCUCACGGUCGAUGUGUUUCUGUUAAUGUGCAUGAGUUGGUCGUUUGAUGGUUAAAAAUAGGGUUUAUUGUCAGUCUAACACUAAUUUAUUCAAUAUAACUUUACAUUUCGGUUUAAUUACCUUUUAAAGACAUCAGGUUUUAUUUUGUUAACUUUUUCAAGACAUUCCUACCUAGUUAUGAUAACUGGUAUUAAUUACAGUUACUCAGUACUUGAGUAACCCUGUUAGCUUUGGUUUGUUUCAUUUGAUGUUAACGGAGCGUUUCAAAGUGGUAUCAUGUUGCCGUCAUUAUCACAAAAACCACCCGGCCUCUUUCUGUUUUCUCCAACGUCUGCUACUAGCGUAACACUUAGCAAAACAAUGAUUCAUUUCCAAUGUUGCUCAGAGUAUCCUGUCAACACGCUAUUUAUUUCCCUCAAUGCAAAAACACAGCUGCUAACCUUUAUGCAAAUGAAUGCAUGAUGACGUGACCAAUAAAGAGCGUACGAAGCUGAUGAUGCUCACUA